AUGGCAUCGCUCCUGGAUCACACAGCUCGCGGUGAGACCGUCGGGUACUCCUUCUCUCAGUCGGCAGCCGCUCCCGUCAAGCAACAUGGAUUCUACCCAUACACCGACAACGGUGGCUCGACUCUAGGUAUCACCGGUUCCGACUUCGCCAUUCUCGCUGGUGACACUCGCUCGACAUCCGGAUACAAUAUCAACUCUCGCAUGGUUCCAAAGGUCUUCAAGAUCGGUGGUGAUGAUGAAACUGGCGAGGGUGCUCACAUCAUCCUGUCUGUCGUUGGCUUCGCUGCCGAUGGGAAUGCCCUCAAAGAACGUCUGGAUUCCGUGGUGAAGAUGUACAAGUACCAACACGGAAAGCCCAUGUCAGUUUCGGCUUGUGCACAGCGGCUGUCGACGAUUCUAUACCAGAAACGGUUCUUCCCCUACUAUGUUACCGCCAUUCUGGCCGGAUUAGACGAGGAAGGCAAGGGAGCUUUGUACAGCUACGACCCCGUGGGUUCGUACGAGCGGGAACAAUGCCGUGCCGCAGGCGCAGCGGCUAGCUUGAUCAUGCCUUUCCUGGACAACCAGGUCAACUUCAAGAACCAAUACAUCCCAGGGAGCGGAGAAGGACAUGCGCUUGAGGCCAAGAAGGCCGAGCCGCUUCCCCAAGACCACGUCAAGCAACUGGUCCGAGAUGCGUUCACUAGUGCGGUGGAGCGUCAUAUCGAGGUUGGUGAUAAUUUGCAAAUGAUGAUCGCUACCAAGGACGGAAUCCAGGAAGUCUAUCACCCAUUGAAGAAGGAUUAG